AUGCGCACUAGUGGCAUGACUCCAGACCCAGGCGGAGAAGGAAACAUGGCGGAGCCGGAACCCAAAAGGAAGAUCCCGCUGGUGCCGGAGAACUUGCUGAAGAAGAGGAAGGCGUAUCAGGCCCUCAAGGCCACCCAGGCAAAGCAGGCGCUGUUGGACAAGAGGAAGCACCAGAAGGGGAAGCAGAUACAGUUUAAACGUAUUGAGACAUUUGUUCGAGAUUCACGGCGCAAACAUAGAGAUGAGGUCCGGUUGAAGCGCAUGGAACAGAAGCCUGGCCAAAUGGUUCUACCUCAGGGACAGAAGUUGGCCUUUGUUGUACGGAUUGCAGAGAUUAAAGGGGUGAGUCCAAGGGUGCGGAGGGUGAUAGAGAUGCUGCGGUUGAGGAAGAUUUUCAGUGGCACAUUCAUUAAACUGACUCCAGCGUCACUGAAGAUGCUGCGCACUGUGGAGCCCUAUGUAGCAUGGGGACAUCCCAAUCUGAAAUCUGUACGAGAGCUCAUCCUGAAACGAGGUCAAGCAAAGAUCAACAAGAAGAAGGUCCCUUUGACAGACAACACUCUGAUAGAGGAGCAUCUAGGGAAGUUUGAUGUCAUUUGCCUGGAAGAUCUUAUUCAUGAAAUUUAUUCAGCUGGGCAGCAUUUCCGAGAAAUCACUAAUUUCUUAUGGCCAUUUCAUCUCUCUGUUGCUCGCCAUGCUGCACGUAACAAAGUGGGUUUCCUCAAGGAGAUAGGUGAACCUGGGUACCGAGGCGAGGGAAUCAACAAGCUCAUACGUCAGCUGAACUAGUCAGGGUCCAUAUGAGGAUUUUAGGUUUUUGUCUCCUGCGCCAUGCUGAACGUUUGUUCUUGCAGACUGUUGGAACUGAGCAAUGUGACAUUACAUCUCCUGUCUGCUAACUUCUUCUGCCUUCAAGGAGAAAUCAUGCCUGAGGGAGAUGGAUUUAGUACUGUUCCUUCUCCAGGAAGAAGUCAGAUUGCUAUCCAAUGUGAGCAAAAAGUGACUUGAACUUCCGGGGAGCAGAGCUUUCCUGUACAUCUGAUGAAACAGACAUCACUAAAACAAAUUUUUACUAUUGUUGGUUUUACACCAUCUUUCUUUUGAAGGAUCUGUCCUUUGGAAUGAACUUGUACCUGCAAACAAGGGGUUUGGAAGAUGGGGUGGGGUUCCCCCACCAUUAUUUAAUCCUUCAUUGCAGCUGACUUGUGCCUGAGGAUCUUGUGAUUCAGCACUCCCAAAUAGAAUCAGUUUGUCUCUAGUGAUCUGCACUUUCCUCCAGCUACAAAUUUCCCUUAGUAUCACAGUCACCUGGUAAGAUGUUUAUCCUUCCUGAUGCACAGUUAAGGCUGAGGAGUGUAUUGUAAAUACAUCCCUCAGUCACUGUUGCUGGGCAAGCUGCUAGCACUAAACAAACUAAUAGAUGUUCUAGAAAUAUUCUGAAGUAAGCAGACCAUGUUUAGCCCCCUGCAAAAGUGGUGAUCUGCUGCUGCUUGAUCACAGGAUGCCUUUUAGAUUCUCCUAAAUCAGACUUUACAGGGACUCACCAUUUCCCUGAAAGGAAAUCUUAUUUGACCUUUACCUCAUUGAUUAAAGCUGUAAAGUCCUUUCUUACUCAGUGACUUUCAAAUAAAUUAUCAAACUCUGCUGUAGAUUGAGGUUAGUGUAUGUGUAAUAAAUCAACAAGCAGGAGAGAGGAAUUCAGGAGGGCAGUUUUCUUUGGUAAAACCGAGCUUCUGUCUGUACUGAACAUGAGAAUUGACUAUCCCUAAACCUAACUAGUAGUGGCAGAAGAAAUUGGAAAGUGGUGCUCUGAUUGCAGUAUGAAACUAAGUGGGAUUACACUCCUUGGAGAGGAGUAUCUAUGCUGUCUUGCAGUCAUUUGCAAAGGAAGUGCUUCUGAGCAUGUCUUGCUGCUGCAGUUGCCAACCUGACCCAUUUGGAAGGGGAGCGAAUGGUGUUCUUAGAGUGUGUGAAAAGAGGAGGGAAGAGACCACUGCACUUCAGUAAAAAUGAUCUUUUCACAUAACUUUGGGAACAAAUGUUAGGGCAUGGAUAGAUUUGUCAUAGGCUGAACAUGAAGUGAUAUUGGUAGUACAUCUGUUUUCAAUUCCUCUUAAAGUGGAUGCGUUCAUUUUUUCUCAUCUAAUAGAAAACAGUUCUUGUGCAGAUCUUAUUGAAGAUUUGUAUUGGACAGUAAGUGUCCGUCAACACUUGGGUUUGACUUAAGUCUUGCAAGAUCUUGGGGAACAGCAUGGGUCAGCGUACACUAGACUCAGAGUAAGGAGAAUUGUGUUUUCUCCCAUCUCUGACUUUCUUUGUGGUCUUGGGUAAGUUGGCUCCUCUCUGUCUCAGUUUCCCAAUCUGUAAAAUGAGAACAGUUAUAUUUGAGAUCUAUGGAUAAAAACACUGGAGUAUUGCUAUGGAUGCAUAAAAACAAGUGAAGAAAUUUUGGACCUUUUUUUACGGUAUGCUUUACUCCUGUAAUGCAAAUUUCCUUUACUUGAAGUCUGUAAAGCUUUUGAAUUUUUCUAUUACUGUCAUACAUCAUGUAACUCCUCUUUAAAAAAAAAUUCUUUUUCUUAUUUCUUCUUCCACACAUGACGUAGGCCUUAGCCACUUGUAACUUCAUUUUCUGUUAAAUAGUUCCAUCAGAAACCUCAUGGAUGUGUUAAAUUAGUAAGCUUAUAAUGUUAAUUGCUCUAAACAUGUCCACAUGGGGAAUUUGCAGGAGUUUAUCUUAAAUUAGUUUUUAAACUGAUGCAAAUCCCUGGGUGGAUGUUCUUUUACAUUGAGUGGUUUAUCAGUUUA